AUGGCCAAGAAUUGGAUAGAACUUAGAACUACAAUUUUCUUGCUGCUCGCGGCCAGUUGGCUCGCAGGCGGCAGUGGGACUGGCAGUUCAGGAACUAGCGAGGCCAAUGAGCACUUCGCCUUGCUGCUCUCCACCAGCCUGGGAGUGGGACGACCUCAGCAUAAUGUGGCCGUUUCACCCAUUCUGCUGCAGUCCGCUCUUGCUCUGCUCUAUGCGGGGGCAGCAAGCGAGUCCCCUACGGCCCGAGAGCUAAGAAGAGCCCUGCAGCUGCAGCAUUUGGGCUCUCCAGGGCAAGUGGUGCUUCGCUUCCAGGAGCUGAUGUCUGCUUUGAAACAGGCGCCACCCAUUAGCUGUAAGAUGAGGCUGUUAAGCGAAUUCUACACGCGACAGCGCUACACCUUUGACUUCAGAGACGAGUUCGAAGUGCAGGCGGGGCGGAUGGGCAUUGGAACGAAUCGCUUGGACUUCGACAAAGCCUCGACCGCGGCAGAGCGCAUCAACUACGAUUUUCUAACGCGCACCAACUACAGCGUGGGCGAGGUGGUCAGUGCCCCUCUGCUUGAACUGGCCAUGGAGGACACACCCUUUCUGCAUGUAUCUGCGCUGACUUUUAGCGGGGCCUGGGCGGCGGCCUUCGAUGCCAAGGAGACAGAACGCUUGAAUUUCUUCAGCAAUGAACACAACUUCAAGCUUGUGGAUGCCAUGUUCUCGCAGCAUCGUUUCAAGUAUGCAGAGGUGCAGGAUCUGGACGCGCGUAUCAUAGAGCUGCCGUACGACCGCUCAAGCCUGAGUCUGCUCAUUGUGUACCCCAAUCAAGUGACGGGUCUGACAGCCCUAGAGCGUAAGCUUUUGGGCACAAACUUGCAGCACUUGCGUCGCCAAUUGCAGGAGCGGAAAGUGGCACUAACGCUGCCCAAGUUCAGCCUGGUGGUGCACAACAAUUUGAAGGAAACGCUGACACAGCUCGGCAUGGGAAAGAUGUUUACGGAUGAAGCGCAGUUUAGCAAUAUCUUCAGCGCUCUGCUCUCCAGUUCGGCGCCCCAUUUGAGCACAGUGGCUCACACCGUUGUCCUCGAGAUCGACGAGAGAGGUGGCGACGCAGGAGGCACGUUCUUUGCAGCCUUUGGGGAUCUAUUUCGAGCCACGGUGCCCCUCGUGAUCAAUCAUCCGUUCUACUUUGUCAUCAGCAAUGAGGAUGUGGUGCUCUUGGCCGGCCAUAUAGUCGAUAUAUAGUGUAUUAAUGAGACACUUUGUGGUUUUACUAUUCAAGGCAGCGCAUAAGGUUGAAGCCGAUGUUGUUUUGGUUGUCUCUUGAAAAGGUUAUCGUUAUCAGUUAGUAA